AAAAGCUCCGGCAACACGCAGGGGGGUUACAGUGUGGAUUGUGGUCCUACAGAUAAAAAGUUCGCACGGGAUAUUCUAGCGCACAGGAGGAAAAGUCGUUGAGAACAUGGCAAACAAACCACAGCAGCCUCCUCACCUUCAUCUGGCGGAAUUGAGCGCCACCCAGUUCAUCGACAUCUGGAACCAUUUCGAUACCGACGGCAAUGGCUACAUUGAGGGCAAGGAACUGGAGAACUUCUUCAGGGAGUUGGAGAUUGCACGGAGAGGGACCGGAGUGGACCCAUCAAACUCCACUUUCAGAGAGAAGAUGAAGGAGUUUAUGCAGAAGUUUGACAAGAACGCAGAUGGGAGAAUUGAGAUGUCAGAGCUGGCUCAGAUUUUGCCCACAGAGGAGAACUUCCUGCUUUGCUUCAGAGAGUUUGUGGGAUCCAGUUCUGAGUUCAUGGCGGCUUGGCGACGAUACGAUACAGAUCGCAGUGGGUACAUUGAAGCUAAUGAACUAAAGGGAUUCCUCUCAGACCUGCUGAAGAAAGCCAACAGACACUACGAUGACCAGAAGCUUCAAGAGUACACACAGACAAUACUCAAGAUGUUUGAUCUAAACGGAGAUGGGAAGCUGGGCCUGUCAGAAAUGGCGAGGCUUCUCCCAGUUCAGGAAAAUUUCUUACUGAAGUUCCAGGGUAUCAAACUGACCUCUGAGCAGUUCAAUGCUAUCUUUGCAUUCUACGACAAGGAUGGAAACGGCUACAUUGAUGAGCAGGAGCUCGAUGCUCUGUUGCGUGACCUCUAUGAAAAGAACAAAAAGGAGGUGGACACCAAAAACCUGAUUGGCUACAAGAAGAGCAUCAUGGCCCUGUCGGACGGGGGGAAGUUGUACCGCUCCGAGCUGGAGAUUGUGCUCUGCAGGGAGCCCAUGCUGUGAACCCUGACAACCAUCGCUGUCUGUUUGUUGACCUCCAUGACCCUAUCUGCCCAUCCUCAGAUCACACCCACCUCCAGCUGCUUGACGACUGUAACCUGGUGCAUGUGCCGGUCACUCCCUUCAUGAAUGUGCAACUGAGAAGCACAAACCAGCUCUCCCUCAUGACCCCUGUCCCCACUCGUCCCUGCAGACUGACCCAGCUCUUACGUUGCUCUCUGCUCAAUCCCUAAACUCUACAUUUAACAAAAUGAAUAAAGAUAAUAAGGUACUUAUGAUAACUAUGAUUGCAAUGUGAACAGGAGAGGAAUGAAAAUGAAUAUGAUACGAUUAUUUAUUCUGAAUGCUUGGUUUGACUUUUCUCCUCUCUUUUUUCUCUGUUUGAUCUGGUGUUUCAUCGUUAAAUUAUUAUCAUGUUACAUUUAGAUUUUUGAUGUUGGGUUUUCUGGCUGAUACUGUUAUAAUGAGGAUGUUAUCGAAAGCAUUAAUUAAAGAUAUCUUACGAUUAA